AUGACGUCCAAGAACUUGUACAAGCUGUCACCUUCAUUGAGCCACCUGCUGGGCAAGAGCGAGCUCACUCGUCCGGCCGCCAUCAAAGAAUUUUGGGCCUAUGUGAAGCAGCAUGAGCUGCAGGACCCCAAGGACGGGCGGGUAAUCCGCCCCAACCAAGAGAUGAAGGACGUCUUUCGAGUGGAACACAUCGGCUUCACGCAGGUAAUGGGGCUAAUAUCCAAGCACCUCGAGAAGAAGCCUGGACAAGAAAAGCGCGCGUGUGAUAUCCCAUCCAAAGACGUGUGA